ACCGUUACGUCUCCCUCCCUCUCCCUCUCCCCCUACCCCCGCUUCCUCCGAAUCCGAGAGGGAGGGAGCCCCGCGCGAAGAACACGCUCUCACACCGCUUCCAGAUCGAUAUUUCAAUUCCCUUCUCUUCCUUUCCGACGAACGAAAUCGAAGAAUAGAACUCGAAAAGAAAAAGAUCAAGAAUUCGAAGAGAGAAUGGGGGACUUCAAUCUGAUGCUGGCGGUGGUGGCGUUGGUGGUGCCGGUGCUGGUCAUUCUGGUGAGCGUCUACCUGCUGGUGAACUACCAGCACCCGGACGACGCCAACCAGGCCUACCUCCCCAAGGCGGUCGUCGUACUCGGCCUCUCCAUCGCCGCCCUCUCCAUCCUCAUGCUCCCCGCCGACGUCGCUAACCGCCAGGCCUGCAUCCACGCCGUCUACAGCGGCGCCUGCGACCUCACCCUCCCCAUGAAGCCCCUCUGGCUCUUCAUCUACGUCGCCGACGCCCUCCUCGUCUUCUUUGUCAUCCCCUUCGCCAUGUUCUACUACGAAGGCGACCUCGACAAGACCGUUGGAGAGAGGAUGAAGAGCGCGCUUAAAUGGGUCUUAUGUUCAUUCCUCGUCUGCGGGCUCGUUCUCCUCAUUUGUUAUGGACUACUAGGUAAAGUGGACUUCACGGUUAGGCACCUCUCUUCAUCCGUGAUUAACUUCCCUAGUACUUGGCCAGAAUUCACAAGCACUAAACCUUGUCUUGAUCAAACUGCUCAUGAGUGUGCUGCAUCCACAGCAAAUGCUUCCUCAGAAACAACUUGGACAAUGCACACUACGUUCCCAAUGUAUAUUGUCGCUCUGGCAACAAUUGCUGGAUCAGUCCUAUUCACAAUUUUUGGAGGUGUUGGGAUUGCCUGUCUUCCACUGAGUCUCAUAUUUUCAUAUAUACGACGUCCAAAGGCUGUCAUUACCCGCUCACAGUAUAUAAAGGAGGCAACCGAAUUGGGAAAGAAAGCUAGAGAAUUGAAGAAGGCAGCUGAUGUCCUUCGUCAGGAAGAGAAAAGUGGUUCAAAGGGGAAAAAAUGGCGCAAGAAUGUAAAGGCCGUUGAAAAGGAGUUACUUCUCCUGGAGGAAGAUGUGAAAGCUUUGGACGAGAUGUAUCCUCAAGGUGACCAGGCAGAGACUGCUUGGGCUUUAACCGUGCUUGGUUAUAUGGCAAAACUUGUAUUGGGUAUUCUAGGGUUGAUAGUUUCAGUGGCUUGGGUUGCACACAUUUUCAUUUAUUUACUUGCCAACCCUCCUCUUUCACCUUUCCUGAAUGAGUUCUUCAUCCAAUUAGAUGAUUUCUGGGGCUUGUUAGGUACUGCGGCAUUUGCAUUUUUCUGCUUCUACCUACUCCUUGCAGUGAUUGCUGGGGCCAUGAUGCUUGGUCUGAAAUUAGUUUUUAUAACCAUCCACCCAAUGAAGUGGGGUGGAACUCUAAUGAAUUCCUUUCUAUUCAAUGUGGCACUCAUUCUGCUUUCCUCCAUCAGUGUGAUUCAGUUCUGUGCAACAGCUUUUGGUUACUAUGCACAGGCAACUGCUGCUCAGGAGAUAUUUGGCCACACAUUGCAGUCUCUUCGUGGAAUCAGAUAUCUGUACAAAUAUAAUGUGUUUCAGUGGUUAUUUGUUCUUUUGGCAAUACUCACUUUCAUCUACUAUGCAGCAACCGGUUGGAAAAGGCAAAAGGCCAGUGCUCGGUUUCAGCUUUCGGAGUGACACUUGUGCUGGUGGAUGUUGAAAAUGCAAACCAGGGCUGUUGAAGAUUUCAAUUUGCAGAAUGUCUGGCAUCCUAGUGAGAGAUGUUGAUCUCGAUGUUGAUGCUGUUUUGUCUGCUUUGGGUUUUGAUUUCCUCAUCUUUGAAAUUCAAAUUAUGUAUUAAUAGCUGGCUAACCAUAUUGUGUAAAAUUGUGUCAUUUGAAUUGUGAGAGAGAGAGAGAGAGAGAGAAUAAUCUUUAUUUGCGAAAUCAAAUAUUUCUUACAUGUC